UUUCAUUCAAACUGAACGCCACAAUGUUGAACAGCAAGGAAUAAAACAAACUUAUACUGAUUUUUGUGUGGGGAAGUUUUUUUUCUUGUUGCUGUAUCAUAGCAGAAAUUGUUUUGAUGUAAUUUAUUGAAAGUGACACUGGGAUAAAUUUGGACUAAACUUUUCACAAAAAAAUGAGGGUGGUUUAAAUUGCAGGAAGUGAAGAGAUUAUUUAUAAUGAUAAAAAUUUGCACCAGCAAGUUUAGUGUCAUAAAAACUGGAAAAAAUGUGAAUAUACACUACUUCUAUCUGGCAUUUUUGUGGUAGAAUAAUGGUGCCAUAACAUAAUUUGAGAUCAGGAUAAAGUUUUUUUUUUAUUUUUGUUUUUUUUUAAAUAGAUGUCAUUUCUAAAGACCAUUUCCUUAAAAUUUAUCAUUAUAAUUUCUUUGAUGUCAAUGAUUCAUUUUAUUCUUUCAGACAUAAAAAAUCUUCAAGUGCUCUGCAAAAUUUUAUUCAAACAUAUAAGAACUGAGCAAGUUUUCAGUUAUUCAGCAUCAGCAGAACGUCUGUGUGAACGGUCAGACUAAGGUAUCUAGUGUUUGUAGUCUUCAGGUACAAUGAAGAUUUUGAGACUCGUAUAUUUCUUUCUCCUGACUUUUUCUUGUGGAGAACUUGCAAGGAUGAAGAGGAAAAUAAAGACACAUAGAUGUAAAUAUACUUUUGUUGUUAACGAAAUGGACGCUGCAGAUUGUCCGAAUUCACUACCAUCAUUGCAGGCCGAUCGUGAGGCGCAAGUUUCGAUUCCCGUCAAUCCUCUUUUGCCGCUACGGGCUCCGGAACGAAUCAGCCAAAGCUCGGGCGAAGUAAAAGAAUGGCUUUCAAACAUGGAAAAACAACUCUACGACGAAUUGCAGAAAACAAGGGAUAUCAACUCAACAUUGUCCAGACAUGAACAUUCAUUAUCAAAGGCAGAAAAGUUGUUAACUGAAUACCAAUCAAACUUCACGACAGUAUUUCGCAUGUUGCGUUACUUGGAGAACACUAUACUUACGCAUGGGGAGAUAAGUAAGAAUUUGGAUAAAAAGCUCUCCGGAGUAAUGCUUGAUGUAGUGGAAGUUAACAAUGUGUUAUCGAAAAAAGUGGUGACUCCGGACGGGAUCAUUCAGACCAAAAAUAUUGAAGUACAGAGCGUGUCGAAGGUACCUUCUUGUUCAAUAUCCCCGGAAAGUGUGGUCUUCAGAGACUGUGCCGAUGUAUAUGAACGACAUAAGCAAUCGGGAAUUUACUACGUAACUCCAUCUUAUGCCUCCUGUCCGAUUCCGGUUUGGUGCGAUAUGGACACAACCAUUGGUGGUUGGCUUCUCAUUUUAAAACGUGUUUCAGGCAAUAUUAAUUUCAACCGAUUGUGGAAUGACUAUAAAGAGGGCUUUGGUGACUUAGUUGAUGAAUUCUAUUUAGGAAAUGAUAAUAUAUUUUUACUGACCAAUCAAAAACAAUAUGAAGUUAGGAUAGACUUAUGGGAUUUUUCUGGAAAUCGUGUUUAUGCUUUAUAUAAGACGUUUUACAUUGAUGGGGAACGUGAUAACUAUCGUCUUCAUAUUCACAGCUUUGAAGGUAGCGCACGUGAUGCUCUGAAAUCACAUGAUCGUGUUCAAUUCAGUACAGCAGAUCGUGAUAACGACGAAUACCAAGGAUAUAACUGCGCGCAAGAGUGGCUGGCCGGAUGGUGGUUUAACAAUUGUUGGUUCUCUUUCCUUACUGGACCGUACUAUAACAUUUCCAAGGUACGAUACAGGGGUAUAUCAUGGAACGACUGGAAACACGAACAACUCCCGCACAUCGAGAUGAAAAUUCGACCCAGUCGAUUAAUCAUACCGAUGCCAGAUCUGCAACUUACCGAAACGGAGAAUAAAUCUCCCUGAUGAAUGUUAAACAUUAAUAUUUGAAUUUGGCAUUAAUCAAAUACAUUACACUUCCGGAAAUUUGAUGGGGAAUGGACUCUCUGUCUUUUAAACGAUAACAAUAAAAUUAACUAUUUUUACCUUUAUAAGACAGAGGAUUUAAGACAACAAGCAAAUGGCUAGAAUCUAGCAGCAUAGAAAGUGUUCAGAAAUGUAUUUAUUUUCUUUUUCAAGAUGUUAAUUAUCAUUAUAUAUAUUUGUUGCAAACUUUUGCCUCAAUAUGCAUUGUGAUGCUUUUAAUAUUUAAAGUGCAAUAUACAUACUGUAAUUUUAUUACUUUGCAUGUACAUAUCGUAUAUUAGGCUUUCUGUAUAAUAUUGUGUGUUACCUGAUUGACUGGCUAAUUUCUACAAUUCUCCGACUCAAAUAUUUUUUGUCUGGAUUUGCAAACAAAUUUUAUUUUAAGGAUUGCCUUAUAAUCUUGUAGUUUGUUGUUUUCUUUAAAAAGCCUUUGUUUUCAUUCAUUCAUUAAUUCUCAAAUCGGAAUUGUAACCAGCAGACAGAGUUCUAAUCAUACAAGAAGAAGCAUGCAUCUUAAAAUGUGUUUAUGUGAGAUUAGCUUUAAUUAUCAUUUAAGUAAUAUUAUUCUCAUUUAAUUUUAUUUUGCUGAAUCAGCAACAAUAUUUGAAUAUCCAGACAUAAAUUUUGUUCAUAAAAUGCAUGAUUAAUAUCGU